AAAUGGAAAUUUCUGUGUUUAGGAAUGCAACAUAAUAAUAAUAAUAAUAAUUCAUUUUUUCAGAAACAGAAUAGGAGAUCCUAUGGAUGAUUUUGCUCGUGAGUUAUUAGAAUACAGACGGGAACAACAGCAUAGACCACACUCUAGAUAUCAUUCAAGAUCGCGUUCGUCGUCGUCUCAUUCUUAUAAUAGUUCAAAAUCAUGGCCACAUUCUGGAUCACGAUCUAUAUCUCAUUCUUGUUCAAGGUCACGUUCUCGUUCAUUUAGUAGUCGAUCUAGAUCUCGCUCAAGAUUACGUUCUAGAUCUAGAUCAUUUUCUAGAUCAUCUCAUUCAAGAUCAAGAAGCAUAAGUAGAUCUAGAUCUAGGUCUAGAGGAAGAACUUCCCCACACCAACGUUCUAGAUCAAAUUCUCCGAAAAAUUUUGUUAGAUAUAUUCCAAGGUCGCCCUAUCAUCAAAAGAAGGAUUAUGCUACAAAUUUUUACAAUCCAACAUACCCUGCCUCAUAUACAGGUUCCAUUCCACAUCACAAUAUUCCUAUAGAACACUAUGCUGAUAGGUCAAGAUAUUAUCGCGAUCAAUAUAGAGUUUAUGAGGAAUAUCACAAUCCAUAUAAUAGUCCUAGAUACGAACAACAUGACCAGCGGUAUGAUAAUAAAUAUAUGCAUGAGUAUCCGAGAUUCGAUGAGAUUCAGCACAGGGCAAGAAGUCGCGAAUUAGAAAAAUCCGAAAGACCAAGAAUUAGCGAAAAUACUUACAGAAGAGAGAAUGCAUCAAAAUCAAAUACAGAAAAGAAGAUAAAAGAAAGUGAAUCAAAAGAGAAUGCAGAUAAUUUUGCUAAAAAUAAAAAGAAGGAUGAAAAAGUUAAACAUAAGAAACAUCAUCAUAAAAACCGCGAAAAUAAAAAAGAGGUUAAACACGAAGUGGAGCAUAAGAAGAGAGAACUAGUGGAUGAUUCAAAUAAGCCUGAGCUGAUUGAUACGCAAAUAAAAACUGUAACUGAAACAAUGGAAGAACAAAAAGCAGUUCCGGUUCAUGAAGUUAAGGAAAAAAAGCAUAAACACAAAAAGAAAAAAGACAGUGAAGAAAAGAAAAAGAAAAAAGUAACUCAUAAUCCGAAUGAACCGGAAAAACCCACCAAAACUAAAAAGAAAAAAGCAAAAAAAGAAAAUGAAAAAACUCAUCAGAAAUCCCAGUCAGUGGAAAAAUCAGAAAAAAUUCCUAUAAACGAAGAUUUAAGUAAUAAAGUUAACAUUCAGAAUGAAAUCGUUUUAGAAGAAAAUGUUUCUGUUCCAAAAGAAUCCGAUGUCUUAAAACAAAAAGUUAAUAUCGAAGAAGUUAAACCAAUAGCAUUAAUGAAAGAUGUUCUUCCUCCAUUAGAACAAAUUAUAGAAGAAAAACCUGAAAUUAAGCCUACUUUUGAACCUAUUGAAGAACCGAAAAUUAUCUUAAUGGAUAAUGCUGAUGAAAAUGUUUAUAAAAACGAAAACGAGACAACUGUAGAAAAUACUGAUGAAAAAGUGUUGUCACCCGAACAAAUAGAAUUAUCUCCUAGAGAACCGGAACAUCGCGAUGUGAUUCCAACUGUUAGUGAAGCAAGUGCUCCAGAAAUAAGUUUUGAAUUACCCGAGAUAUCUAAAUGGGAAAGGGAAGAGUUCGAAGAAGAAGAAAAAUCUUCAAAUGAUGAUUCCAAUUCUUUGCAAAAAGAGAUGAGAUCUUCGCUGUCUUCUGAUAUUAUUCAAAGAGCAGAAAAGGCAAUUUUACAAAAAGCCCUUAAGACUGCAAUUGUAGGUCCUCCAGUUUCCAGAGAGAAGCAUACUUACAGAGGAAUGGAUCGAAAAACAGAAAAAUCAUCAAGAGUCGCAGAAGCGCCUAAAGAUACUGUCCUAGUCGUAUCCAGUAUGAAAGAUAAAGAAAAAAGUAAAGAACAAUCAAUAGACAAAGAAACAAAAUCAAAAGAUAAGUCUGAAGAAGCUUCGCUUCAGAUCACUAUAUCUGCAGAAAAGAACAAACGAUCAGUGCAAACGACUAAAGUGAAAAGCAGUAGUUCCAAAGACAAAUUAUCAGAUAAUUCUCAGAUUAAGAAAUUAAAAUUAGACAGAUCCAAAUUUUUAGAAAAGAGUAAAAAUGAAGCAUCAUUAAAACAUUUUAUUAACGAAGGAAUGACAGCCGAAAAAGUAUUCUCAAACGAUAGUUCGAAAGAAUUUAGCAGCAAAAGUCUUCCUAGAAGAAAAGAUAAAAUUAUUAUAUGUAAAAUAGAAAAGGAUAGGAGAUUUAAUUUAGAAAAUGAUCAAGAAAAACAAAGUAGUCACGAAGAAGAAAGUGAUUCUAGAUCAAGAAACGUUUCUAGUAAAAAAUCCCCCAGAAGAUCAAAACCUGCCGACAGUAAUUCAUUUUUCACAAAACGAACAUACGAACAUAAUGAUCAUAAACGUGAGAUAAGUGAUAGUUCGGAAAGGGAAUCGAAAUCAAGAGAAUCGCACGUCGAUCACGACAGUGAGAAACGGUCAUCUCAUUCUAAACGAGUAAUUAAUUUAGAUGAAAAAAUAAGAAGAAAAGAAGAAGUAGAAAGGUCAUCGUCGAGAGAUUAUAAAGAUAACCCUGUUUCAUAUCACAGAGAGAGAGAAAAAUAUCGAGAAGAACCAUCUAACGUUAAUGUAGAAAAAGAAGAAAGAUCGCGCUCUAGAAGUUUAGAUUCUGGUCAAAGCAUCGAUAAUAAACAACUCCACUCUUCCACACAAGAUAGAAGCGACGAUAGAAAGAAAAGAGUUCCGAAAAGAAGGAUAAGUAGCCAUAGCUCCACUGCUGAAAUAAAACAGAAAGAAAAGGCUGUAUUUAGUGAACGAAUGAAAGCACCAAAGCAUUCAAAUAUCGAUAGUAGAGGUUUCCAAGAACCACAUGUUAGAAACCGAAAGGAAUCGCUACACGACGAAUCGAAAUUUGAGCCUAAUUACGACGAAACUAGUGAAUCCGAACAAAGUAGUGACACGGAGGCAAAAAUUAGGAGAUCCAGGCAUAACGAAGAGAAAUCAAGGAAACAUGUAGAUCAAAUUCUCGUUACGAGAACAAGUGAUAAUGAAAUAGAAAGAGAGAAAGCGAGACAAGCUGCUUUCAGACACGAACAUCAUAGAGAUAAAGUAGAGGUGAAGAAAAGAGAAAGGUCUGUUAGUCCACAGAGUUCUUCGGGAAGUUCGCCGUGUAGCAACUUUUCCGAUGUCGAUAAAUCUUCCGCGAAAAGACACAAAAGCGAAACACCCGAUUCAGACUUAAAAUUAAGACAUAGGAAAUCUAAACACAAAAAGCACAAAAAACAUAAGCGGAAACAUAAGAAAAGGAAAAGUCAUAAAUACAGAGAGAGAUGAUCUUUUUCUUAAAAAUGCCGUCUUAAAAAUACUUACAUUAUAAUGCGUGAUUUUUGACACGUUACACGGAAAAAGAAUCGACACACAUAUUGGUUGUGUUACACAAGUUGUGUAUGAGUUGAAUUUCUGCCGAUAUGCGAGUCUAAAAGAUUCUCUAACAUUAAUAUUCUUUUAGUAAUAUACAAAAUUAUAUGUACAAAACAUAGUUUACGUGGCCAUUAAUUUCUCAUGAAAAUUGUAAGUGACUUUGAUAAAUGAAAUCGUCUUGCGAGUGAAUAAAUGCAGUAUUUUGUUCGGUUGAAUUUUAUAUAUGUGUAGUAUAUAUAAAAUUCAUUUCAUUUGUAAAGGCAGCAGGUUGGCAUAUGGGAAUGCCAAAUGCAUUCUUAUUAAUAUUGUAUUGUAGAAAAUUGUGUAAAUAAAUGUUUUGACAAAA